AUGAAAAGCAGUGCAAUAAAAGUAAACAAAGCAGUGAAGUGUCAGCUCGACCAAGAGCUCGAGUCGAGUCAGAGCAAACUCGAUCGAGUUGAAGCUUGGCCGGUCGAGUUGAGGAACUCGACCGGUUGGUCGAGUAGACGGUCGAGCUGGUCUUCAAGAUGGCUUCUCCCUUCUUCCUUUGCGUAUCCAGUUGAGCUGCUUCCAUGUGCCAAGUCCCUCCAUGCUCCUAUGUCCCAUAUGCUCCAGAAUGCUCCAAAAGACCUAUUUCAAAGGACCAAACAUGCAUAUUGCCCCCCAAAGAACUGGGAGGCUAGGUCGUGGUCUGGAGAUGGGAGACGGCCAUCAGGAGCGCUCCACUCGACUGGGUUCGGCUCACUCGAUCGAGCUUGUGGCUCCUCUUCCUCCUCUUCUUCAUCGUUGAAAUGUGUGUGGCUUCCUUGGCCUUGGUGGAGCUGGCUUGCUCGAAGCGGUUGUAGGGUCCAGAGUCUGAGAGAAGUCCUGGUACUGCGUUGA